ACCACCAUCUCGCUUUAAUACUGGGAAUGUAUACAAUAUGGGAAUAUUUACAAAGUUAAUGUGGUAAAUUGAACAUGCCCAUGUAGUGUAAACGACAUGGUUUAUAGAGGUUGCUUUCUAGUUUUGACGCGUCUCUCGCUCGCAGUGAUGUGGUUUUAGGAUACGCGACAUUCUUGUCAAUUUAGGGACUGUUAUCUCAGCUGAUCCGACGUCGGGACAGUUGUCUAUUCAUUCUACAGCUUGAGCUUAACGGGGAGCCUGAAGAUGCCUGUUUAUGAAUUUUUAUAUAAAAGAAACAAACGCCAUACUCUCGUAAAAGAAAGGAAAUCUACUUAAUCAUGCGCAAAUACUCGGUCCAAUGGAUACGCGUUCAAUCCGUCCUGGAAAUAUCGCGAACUCUGUGAUUUAUUGGUCUAUAUCGUUUUGGCGAUUAUUCAACUGCUGUAAGAGUUAUUCCUCCAUAAGGAAAUAUUUGUUUGUUACUGUUGCGUGCUUUAUCUACUUGUUUUUUACUGUGCAUGUUAAUCACACGACUAACCGAGACAAACGUCCAGAUCUCUGGACUGGUCAGGGAAAAAGUGACCCGGACUCCACUGAUGGAGUCAGGGAUGGGGAAGCAAACGAGUCUCUUAGUCCGACUAGGUCUAAUGUGGUGUACAUAACACUGAAAUCCAAGCGGCACAAACCAGCUAAUAUCAGAGGCACAGUGCGACCGAAACUCCGUAAAAAGAAAGUAAGAGUGAGACACCAGGACGCGCAGGAUGGCACACGGGAGAAAGCGAAUAAGGGCGAGCACAAUUCCAACACAAUUGACAGAUCAUGGAAACUUUUGGGAUACUCUGAUAAAUUUAAUAAAAUAGACAGACUUGAUGGCAGUGAUCCUUCAUCCAUUAGGAUAUACAGCCAAAGAGCUCCUCCAUGGUUCAGCAAUGAGGAUAUCGCGGCUAUGCGCUUUCUAGCGGAUAGUACAAUUACGCACAUUGAAGAAGUCACCCUUAGGGGGUUUUCUUCUUUCAUUUUAUUUAGAAGUGAGAUAAACCGCACUGACGAUGUCCAUGAGCCUGGCAAAUGUUGCGGUGUGGUCAAGAGCCCCCUGGAUGCGAGUGAGGUUUUCGCAUUUCAUCUGGAUAGGGUCUUAGGGCUUAAUAGGACUUUACCCACUGUCAGCAGAAGAUUUCAUUCUCUUGGAGAUGGUCAGUCUUGUCCAGUGGUGUUGUGGGAUCCUUCUGUAAGCCCAGUAGCUGAUGCAGAUCAACCCUCUGAGAGACUGACCUGGGGCUCAUACCAAGCCUCUCUCAAGCACAAGUGUUGGCAUAAAGGAGUAACCCCUAAAGCAGAGUGGAGUUGCACCGGCAUACAUCAUCAUGAAUGGAGCGGGCUGGUAGUCUUUGAUUUCCUCCUGCAGAUUUAUGAACGCCUAGAUAGAAAUUGUUGUGGGUUCAAGCCCCGCCUGGAGGAUACCUGUGUUGAGCUUGGUCACCAUGGAGAAUGUAAAGACAAGGAGAGCGUAGAGCUGACACACAUUUUCCACCGCAAACAUGAUCCACGCCACCUGGUUUUCUUGAACAACAAGGGCUACUUUGACAGAGACGAAGAAAAUCUAAACUUCAAACUACUGGAAGGGAUUAAAGAGCUACCAGAGCAGUCUAUAUCUGUCUUGAGGUCUCAGCGUCUCAGGGAAAGGCUCCUGCAGUCACUGUUCCUAGAUCAGCAGUACUGGGAGAGUCAGGGUGGCCGUCAAGGCAUUGAAAAACUCAUUGAAGUAAUUGAGAGAAGAACCAAAGUUUUGCUCACUUACAUUAAUGCCCAUGGUAUUAAAGUAGUACCUAUGAACUCUUGAGGGAACCUCAAAUGUCAUCAUCUUGCCUUCCAUUAAAUGUAAUGUUUUCACUAACUUCAUAUGCCAAAAAAGAAUAAAAACGCCAUGCACUUCAAAAACCAAAAGUUCUUUCUGCUAUUGUUAAUGCUGAUGUCCUUUAGCUCUUCUGUCUAUUUCAUUAAUAUGCUUCAAUAUCAACAGUUUAGGGAGUGUCCUAGAUGUUGCUUUCUACAUUAAGCACAGCUAUGGCUCUACAUAGUUCUCUUUAACUCUACAUAAAGUCUAAAGCUAUCUUUUGCCCUACAGACAUUCCACAAGGCGCUGUAAGCGAUAUUAGCAGUUACACUAAUUUUCGCCCCCAUAUGCCCCCCCUCCACACACAUGCAUGUCAGCAAACCUGAAGUUUGAAAUCUACUCAAAAUAGCUGACAGUCUUCUGAUUGGCUAAUUACUAGUGUCUUGUGGUCAGAUAGUAGCCUAUUGUACCGUUUACAGAGCGUUGAGCUGUCAUUUGUUCUGGUGUCUUUAGUAGAGACAUUUCCUGCAUGCUUUUCGUAAAACAACAUGAUGCACAUGGUUAAUAUUGCACUUGUAUAACUUUUUUUUAUAAAACACAGUAUUCAUUAUGCAACGAAAAGUGUUCACGUUUGUACUGUAUGUUAGUUUACUUUGUUUUGUAAAAAAUGUAAUUAAAUAAACGUGUUCCAAAU